AUGCAAUAUACUUCGUGGGAUAUGAGUCGGGCAUCUAAAAGUCGUGACCAGGAAGUGAUUGAAUUUUUAGAAAACUAUGCUGAGAAGACUCUAAUGACAACAGGAUUCUUUCACAAUGGAAAGAAUUUGGCAUGGAUGAAAAUUCAAGAUGGAAUUUGCCGGACAAAUUGUAUCGACUGUUUAGAUAGAACUAAUGCUGCCCAGUUUGUUAUUGGUAAAAAGGCUCUUGGAUACCAGCUGUAUGCCCUUGGAAUUAGCAAUACUGUCAAUAUAGAGUACGAUUCUGACGUUGUAAAUCUACUUACGGAGAUGUAUCACGAUCACGGCGACACUAUCGCAUUGCAGUAUGGUGGAUCCCAUUUGGUGAACACGAUGGAGACAUAUCGAAAGAUCAAUCAGUGGACUAGUCAUUCACGGGAUAUGAUAGAAAGUAUAAGGCGAUUCUACAGCAACUCAUUUGUAGACUCCCAACGACAGGAUGCGAUUAAUUUGUUUUUAGGUAAUUAUGUGUGGCGGGAGGGCCAGCCUACUUUAUGGGAUCUAUCUACCGAUUACUACCUUCACAAUGAUGUUUUUGGGAGAAAAUUUAGAAGGAGCUAUUUAAAAUGGUGGACACCGUCAAACCUUUUUACUAUGCAUGAUAGAUUGAACAUGAAGAUUGAUGAUAUUGAUAUUCAUAAUGAAGAAUACGAACCCCUGUUACCAUAUAGAGAUUUUUAUGACAAUUACUGGAAUGAAUAUUACAGACCGAGAAUGUUGACAUCUCUAAAAUCGACCUUUGCUUUUAAUAUGAAUUCGACCCUACGAUAUCUUCCAACUAAUGGCAAGCUACAAGACUUGCAAGAGCUAGCAAUAGGCUCUAGUCCGUUCGUGUCACGAAAGCCACUUGAGGGAAAUCAUAGCGCUGAAUUUAAUAACGGGAAGAACAAGUUCAAGCAGUCUCAGGGUACCUCGAACCCAACUAAACAGAUACGAUCCAGUGGAGGUCCCAGUUCCAUUCGCAAAGAAGCCAUGAAACGUGCUUCAAUGAUAUAUCAGACACCGGCAUUACCCAAGAUUAUCAGCGACCGAGUGUUUUCAGGUAGGGUUCCCGAUUCUGUUAAGCGCGAAGUUGAGGGAGAUGAAAACUCCGCAGAUUUGCAGCCAGUACAGACAAACAUACAGGCUGUUAUGGAAAAGCCUGGUUCCGGACCAUUCCCAAGCUUUGUGGACAACCCUGAUUGUAACGUGACAUAUGGGAAUACGGACGAUGUACAAAAAAUGGCACAGCAGUUUUUGGAACCUGUCGUAUCGUCCCAGCAGUAUCAGGAAUAUGAGCAAUAUGUCAAGAACGACCUUCAGUUUGAAAUGACACCAAGCGGCGGCGGUCAAAAAGAUUCACCACACACUCACGAUAGGUACUUCGGCUUCCUAGUCUCACCUGAUGAAAUUGUAUCAAACCUUCAGGUAGCUACCAACGACUAUAAAGCAUACGAGUAUUACUAUAAAUUGUCACGACUCGACGACGAUCCAUCGGCAGGCCGCAUGGAGAUGGUAGAAGAUAGCUUUGGCACAGAAGUACAUAACGCUUUUGCAUACCAAAAAUGGGUGUCCUUGGACAGCCUGUAA